UUCAACACUUUCUGAAAUAAGAAAUGAAAAUUAAAAAAUGAUCAACGUCAUGCUUAACAUUGUUAUCAUUUUUUUUAACAAACAUUGUUAUGUUGAUGUUUCUUUCUUACAAUAAUCCAUACAUGCAUGGUCCCCCCCCCUCCAUAUCUGGAAAGCUUUCUGGGGUAUAAAAAUGGCAAAGAUAUGUGAUGAAUGGUUUCUGAAAUUUGAUUAUUUGUUAGCUAAUUAGAUCCCAGAGAACAACAUCAUUAAUUAAUACUAACGCAUCUUAUGUAAAAUAUUCAAAACCUUACCUAAUUCAUAAUUUCCUAACCCAAAAUUUCACUCUGGUGGGCCAAUUGAACAGCUAGAAAGUCAAUCACACACUUUUCUUCCCCUCAAAAACCUCACACAUACACACAUAUAUAUAUCUGUAUCUAUACAUAAGAUUAUACUUGACCAUAUUUCUCAUAUGAUUCACAAUUGACUCAGUCAGCAUAUCCCAAUUCUCAAAUGAAAGAUGAAGCAAGAAUUUCAUCACUUAUUAGUGGGAAUGGUAGAGCAAUUUUCAGCAGAGAUCUACCAAACCCAUAGUUUGAAAUGUGUGGGCUAUUUCUUGGUUCAAAAUUUCAUUACAUGAACAAACUCAAUGUGGAGUCUGAAUGAGAUUUUAUGUAAGAAAGGAUAGUGGCAAUGAUAAAAGAGAUAAAGGGCACAAAGAAGGCACUCACACAAGACUUUUAGAGCAUGGCGUAGGAAAGACAUAUCAAAGAGGGUAAACUAAGCCACUUUGCCUCUUCUUCAUCCAUCAUUCUAAGAAAACAAACAGUGAUGGAUAUGCUGUCAGACAUGAGUAGAUUUUAUCAACAUAUGGAGCGAGCCUUAACGAGUUAAUUCUACACAGAAGGAACAUUCUGUCGCGAAUCUACUUAACUGCUUACCUAUAUGGGGAAGAAGAAAAGCUGGUUCACCUAUGUAAAGAGGCUAUUUAUUUCCGAGUCUAGACCAAAAUCAGAAGAGAGUUCUCAGAAGCCCAAGAAAUGGGGAUGGUUUUUCGAAAGGUUCAACUUCAGACAGUGUCCUGCACUAGAGGCACCUCAGGAAGCUGUAAAUAAAAUGGUGACGGAGGAACAAAGAAAGCAUGCAUUGGCCGUAGCAAUUGCAACCGCUGCAGCAGCAGAGGCGGCUGUGGCUGCUGCCAAUGCUGCUGCUGAGGUUGUCAGGCUCACAAGUAUUCCCUAUGAAAGGAAAAAUCAAUACAUGGCAGCCAUCAAGAUCCAAAGUACUUACCGGAGACAUCUAGCAAAGAAAGCACUCAAUGCACUUAAAGGACUGGUAAAGCUUCAGGCUGUGAUACGAGGAGAGCUAAUUAGGCGCACUGUUGUUAGAAAAAUGCCAUCAAUGUCUUGGAUCUUGAAACAACAGUCCCAAGUACAUAAAAAGAGAAUUCAAACUCCCUUUGAUCAUCUUAAUCAUGGUACAAAGAGAAAUAAUGUAAACAAGAAGGAAGCAUGCCAAUAUGAAGAAUUUAGGCAUCGAUGCAACAGUCACAAGAGUUGGGAUCUGAGUUUGCCUCCUAAGGAAGAGUUAGGAGCCACAUCUUUGCAAAAGCGGGAAGGCAUUGCUACACGGGGGUGCAUGAAGCAGUAUUCAUUUUCCCAGAGGGAGAUUAGAAACGACAGAAGCCUGCAAGAACCAAUGAAGCAUAAAGAGAUAAAAAACAUCCGGCUUGAUAAAUUGGUCGAAGCACAUUAUCAAGCAGGGAUAGAUAAGUGGAAAUCUUUGUCUCGCUCAAAUACCGUAACAAUUAAUGUAACUAGUCUGCCACAACUGAAGCAGAAACCAGAAUGCAAACAGGAAUUGAACACCAUAUUUUCACAACCGAGAAGAUCAUUUUGUCAUGUGAGGCAGAAAUCAAUGGGAGAUGAUGGAUCUUUACCUGACUCUCCAGUUUUCCCGGCAUACAUGGCUGCCACAAAAUCUACUAAGGCCAAGGCUAGAUCACUGAGCACACCUAAACAAAGGCUGGAGUUAUGGGACAUGUACUCAGGCGAACUUUCCCCAUCCAAACCCAAGCUUUCUUCCUGGAGCUCUUUCAGUGGAGAAAUAACCAAGAGUAGCAAAAGGAACAGUAAUUCUCAGCACAAGCCUUCAUAUUAUGGGACAUUAAUCUAAGAUUUAGAAGUAUAAGUUUUUGCUAACAAUCCAUCAAAGUACCUAAGAUCAUGAUGUCUAUGGUACACAUAGUCAUAUCACUGGAUAUUUAUCGUUUUCUGUUAAGAGCACGGAAGUGAAAAUUGUGAGAAUGUUUAGAGGGUAAGCUAUCAGCUUCUCUCUCAGCAGUUCAGGAGAAAGGUUUUGUUCUAGAUUUAGAACCUCAUGUUUCCUAAUUUACUUUGGAAUCUUUAUCUU